GCGAAACUCAGUAUUAAUGUUUUAAAGACACGUUCUACCAUGCUAUUUGUUUUUUUAAUAAUAGUAAAUUUAUUGUUCUCUACGUUUGCAAAUAAAAUGAUCAUUUCAGAUGAAUACACUACAAAAGAACAAGUUAUAAAUGGAAUUAUAGAAUCGAAUUGCCCAACUUGUCAUAAAAAAAUAAAUAGUAAUUUAUUUGAUGAAAAAAAAAUUACUAGGACUAAAAGUCAAACCAAAAUUCAAAUACCAUUAAGUAUAAUAAUGGAACUAAAUCAGAUGUCAAAUGAAUUAGAUAUAUUCAGAAAGCUAUUGCCACAUGAAAAUAUGAAAAGUUUACCAAGAAACCGUGAAUUUAUAUCAAAUUCAUUAACAAUUGUACCAAAAGCAGCCGGGUGUUCUGUAGAAUACAAAACAAUCAAUCUUAAAGACACAGAUGAUCCUAGUUUAUACUAUUCUCCUCCUUGUACCAGAGUAGGCCGUUGUGGGGGUUGUUGUUCUCAUGAUUUAUUGGCAUGUCAACCAGUAAACACAGAUAUUAUUGACUUUGAAAUUACAGUUAUGCAAUAUAACUCAGACGGGUCGUUUCAGUUUAAAGAAAAAAAGACAGUUACAGUAGAACAGCACACAAAGUGUAAAUGUGGUUGCCUGAUAAAAGAAAAAGAAAGUAUCACAGAUUUACCGAAUAAAUCUAGACAUAUAAACGACUGCAACUCUUUACAAAAAUAUUUAGCAAACGAAUGUCGUUGUGAAUGCAUUAAUGAAGAUGAACAAAAUAAAUGUAACGAAGAAUCUGACUUAAAGAUGUGGAAUUCAGAUACUUGUAUUUGCCAAUGCAGAGAAGAGAAAGAAUGUUCGACUGGAUUUACAUUUGACUAUAGUACAUGCAUGUGUGAAUCAGACAACUCAUAAGACACUGGAAUGUAUUUUUAUAACAAUUGGUUCAUAAAUUAAAUAAUCAAAAACUAAAUUGACUAUUGACAAUUUUUGGGAUGAAAUCUGAAGACUUAUAAUUAUUUUUAAGUUAAUCUUUGCUUUUGAAAUUAUAUUUGCUAAAAAUAAAAUUAUAAUAUAAUAGUUCCAAUGAAAUUUAAUAAAAAAAAAAAAAAUGUAGGUAUUAAUAAAACAAUUUGUUUUUAUAUUAAUUCACAUAAAUUAAAGAAAUUAGUUUUUAUAAUUAAAACAUAACAAUUAUCAUCAAAAAAUGAAUUAGAUUUUAAGUGUCAUAUAUUUUACAACUGAUAAUUCCAUAAUAUAGCAUAUUAGAAAAUUUAAUUUAAUAAGAAGUUAAAUAACUGUACAUAUUACAAUAAAUCAAAUUCAUAUAUUUUAUUUUGUUUAUUUAAAUAAAUAAAUUGCAUUCAA